GUUGUUGGAUGGAUGCGGCGCAUGAGGUCUGGUGAACCCUGAGAUGCACCCUUCGAAAGCUCUAAACGUAUUGAGCUUUAGCUUGCCUAUCGCCGAAUGCACCCAAAGAGAGAAACCGCCGUAGCAUUCAGAGACCCAACUUUGAACUUUGAGUUGAAUUUCCUGACGGUACUUGAAUUUUGCCAAGAACGUCACAAGGGGAACUCGCGAUAAAAGAGACGUCAAAUCCUACACACACCCGUCUACUCAAUAAUGGCAAUGAACUAGGUGAAAAUGCUCAUCACGGACGGCCAGUCUCGCUCAAUGAUUACCAUCACCUGUUCGGUGAACUCAACGUGCAGUUGAAUCUACUGAUCUUUGGACAUUUCAAAGGAGCCGGUGCUCCACGACAUCGGUGGAACUUCGAGGGGUUUCAACAACAGUGACCUGGAAAUGUUCUGAUGUUUACGGGGAGCUAUCUCUCAGGCUUACUUAUCCGUCACAUCGUGUCCCACCCUCGAGUUAUCCGCAUCUGUAUCACGGUCUGCUGUGAUGCUGUCAGAUGACGUCUGGUGAAUCAUAUCAUAGGACACUGCGAAGACUGAGCUCCUGCUUGAAUCGUUUCUCAGAACCUGCAAGUCUAGUCGCCUUCAGCCUUGUCGUAAUUUGGGAUGUCGUCCAACGAUGCUCUCAAACCGCUGUUCGACGGAAUACGUUUAGUACAAGCAGCCAACUAUGUUUCAAUCGCCGUUCUCGUGGUUUUGGUCUAUGACUACAUCAUAACGCUCUCUGAAGAGAUUGACUAUGUCUGGGGAGCACGCCGAAGUCUCGUGAAGGUCCUUUACUACUUUGCUCGAUACUGGGGAUUGGCCCAUGUCAUAUUCACUACCACCGUUGGCGUUGUGAUUGACCCGCCUUUGAAGGCGCUAUUAUGGAUCAAUAUUAUGGGUGGCCCCGUCAUUUUUAUAGUCACGAUUAAUCUUAUUUUCAUUCUUCGGAUAUAUGCAUUGUAUGGACAGAACAAAAAAAUGCUUGUCUCAUUGCUUUGCCUGCUUUUCGUCGAAUUUGGGCUCGAAAUAUACACAUCCGUCACUGAAGUCCUCUUGGAGAACAUAUCGAGCCCUCCUUUUGGCCUGGCGUGGUCAGGGUGUGUCCUCGAUUCGGCACCUUAUAUUGUAGUGAUGCCACUCGUCUGGUCCGUCAACAUGCUAGUCUCCUUCACAUUUUUCGCAUUAAUGAUGUACAAAUUUCUGCAGAUGACCCGCGUCGACUGCUCACAUGAAGCAAGUGUAUCGACCAGGAAUCGGUCCCUCCUCUUCCAGUUUGUUCAAGAUGGGACGCUCUUCUUCCUUAUAAUUUUCUUCGUAAUCUUAACGGUGGCCCUUUUCGUGAAUAUCCAGAGCUGGAAGGAUAAAUCCGGUAUCCUGUCGCCUUUACUUCCACCUGUGUACUCGAUUUGCGGUUCCCGUCUUAUCUUGAACCUUCGCUCAGCCGCUGAUCCAGACAACAUGACUCUGAUCACUAUAGCUGAAAGUCAAGUCUCUUCAUUGCGAGUUGCGGACCAGGCUCUCGUAAGAAGGGGCACUGAAAUUGAACUUUCCGAAAUGGGGUACGAUCGCCACGAAUUUGCAGAUUAGCAAAGCAUCAUAGCUUGAAAGAAUACUUAUGCGACCUUUUAGUAACAGACAUGGCGAUGCGAUAGGUUCUGGCUUGACAUGUAUUAUGUAUGUACAUUAUGAGAAGAUCCAUACGGACAUAACUAUCAAUGUGUUAUUGAUCGGACAUGAGAAUAAAAUGGAAAGUAGUGG